UACUCUACUCGAAUCGAGAGUAACAAUAAAGCUUCCAAUCCAAUACUGCGGAAGGUUAACAACUCGCAGUGUUUUUCUUUCUCUUUCAGCAAUACACGGCUAAUUCAUUGCAGUAGACUGCGUUCCAGAGUAUGAACGAAGACAGUACCGAAGACCCGGAUGAUGGCAGUGUGGCGCUCUGUGCAUCAUGCGAUCGUUGCCGCUCGCGAAAGACCAAGUGUGACGGCCAGCGCCCCUGUGGAAACUGCUUGGCCAAGUACAUGAAGAAGAAUAAACUCAGUAGCGCGGAUGGAAUCGAUUUUACCGAGUGUGAGUGUGUCUAUUCACCCGCUAAGCGUCGUGGCCCUAUUCCGGGUCGUACCGCUGGCCAAGCUCGGAAGGCCACCGAGCUGCAACAUCACCAACAGCAGCAGCCGAAUGAUUGGCCUCAAAAUUAUCACAACAACCCUUCGACUGGGGUGAACUUGAACGGGACAGGAUUGGACGCCCAAAUGACUGCUGCUUUAUUUUCCGGCCAAACCGAACAGGCGUCGUUGCAGCAAAAACUGAACUUUUUGCAGUCACUGCAAAAUCAAGACGAAGAUCAUCUCAUGAUGCAACAGCAGCAGCAGCAGCAUCAGAUGGACGAGCCUGCCAAUCGACGAGUGAAACGUGAAGAUGCUGGACAGAAUACCAGCACGAACGGGAUUCCUCGCACUAUCACCACCCACACGCACCUUUUGGAACGCUCCAAUCCAGAUGGAGCCCGUCUUCGUGCGUACUACCAGCUAUCGAUCGACGAACUCUAUCGUUUGCCUCCGAUACCGACGGACGAAGAAUACUGUGCCCGCCUUAACGUUCCGGGGAUGACGCCUCAAAUGAUCCCAGGUCCACAUCUGGCCGCCCUGAGUGCCGCACGCUUUGCUGAGAUCGCGCUCGGCGCACUUGUUCACAACGAAGUGUCGUUAGCGAUGGAAUUGUGUAAUGCAGUUGUUCACUGCUUGCGGGAAUCCGUACAGGAACCCGUGCAGACACCAGUGAUGUUCGAAGUUGCCAAGGCGUACUUUUUGCUCGGCGUUUUCCGUGCCUGUCGCGGAGACAUGGAACGGUAUUUCAAAUAUCGCCGGGUCUGUAUGACGUAUUUGGCGAAGCUGGAGAACGAUGAUAAAACGGCGGUGCUCCUUGCCGCAGUGGCCUACUUGGACUCUUGGGCUCCGUACGCUACUCAGACUGAGCUCAAGUAUGAUGUCAAGUUGGAUGCUGGUGCCAUUGCUAGCGAUCCCAAGAAUCAAAACUGGAUUCAAGGUGCUCCGCCGGUGUACCUGAAUAAUGAGGCCCCGUUGCAUGCACGGGCUUUGGAUGCUUUGGCUUGUGCCGUUCGCACUUGUUGCGAUCAAGCCAACAGCCGUUUCGCUCUUAUUAGCAAGGAGGCUAAUAUCGAAGGUCUGGACACGAUUCCUUCCGAAUCCAUUUCUUCUGCAACGUACAAUGCAGUUCUAUCGCACGAGAAUGAGCUCUGCAGUCGCAAUAUUGUUCUUUCAGCGUACACUCUGAUGCAACAGCACGAAUCUACUGACAGUUCUCGACACAAAAACGAGGGACAGCACAUGGUCAUUUCUGCGAUGGACGCGUUUCUGGAAAAUAGUGACGAAGAUGGCAAUGGUGGAUUCACCGACAGUCAGAUUCAGAGUUUGCUUUCUGUUUGUAACACUGCGAUUGAGAAUCCGUUCCUCUUGCACCAUGCUGGUCCAACAUAUCACAUGGUGUCCAACGCGGCCGUACUAUUGUGUCAUUUAUUAAACGGCCUUCAUAUGGCCAAGAUGAACGGUCAAGAUUUCGGUCGGAUGGAACAGUCCAUGUUUGAAGAAGUCUUUGACGCUUUUAUAUCGAUUCGCAAACUCUUGACGAUUCAUCGACGUAAACUACCGGUCAAACUGCGUUGCCAUGCUAUUCCGAGACCAAGCAUGGACGGUUUAAAGGAAGGGCAGCCGUUAAUUGAUUUGGGGGAAACAAUUCUUUGUGCGUGCCGUGGAUGCCAGGGUUUUGUCCUUAUGGCUUGCAGUCCCUGUGUAGCGGCGGAGCGUGCCCAGGCGGCGCAACAUGAUUUGUCAGUCGAAGCGGCGAAGGAAGCCGAAGCGAUUGAAAUGGGCGAGCUCGACAACGAAUUGGACAACUUGGGAGCGGAAUUUGAUAUGGACGACGAUAUGUUGUUGGGAAUGAUUAGCAAUCUCAUUUCAAGUUGAAAGG